AUGACAUUCGUAACUAUAUUGACAGGAGCUUCUAGAGGUAUUGGUGCAGCAAUUGCCGAAGGAUAUUUAAAUGAAAGCAAAUCCAAUUGCUUGAUUGCAGUAGCAAGAACAAAGCCUUCAUUGAGUAAAUUGGUUGAUACCUACGGAGGUGACAGAGUCGGGAUCGUAGUUGGAGAUGUUUGUGAUCCACAAACUUCUGCCAGCGCAAUUGAAUUAGCAGUUAAAAAAUUCGGCAAACUCAAUGCUAUAAUUGCCAACGCAGGUGUUUUAGAUCCUGUAGAACAUAUUGAGAAUGCUGAUUUAGACAAAUGGAGGAAGUUAUAUGAUAUCAAUUUCUUUUCAGUUGUUGGUCUUGUACAGCAAGCGUUGCCUGAGCUCCGUAAGACUAAUGGUAGAGUAGUUGCUGUUCUGUCAGGGGCUUCGGAAACAGCAUACGAUGGCUGGGGAGCUUAUGGAUCCUCGAAAGCUGCUCUAAAUCAAUUUAUUAACUCGCUAGCUUUUGAAGAACCAAGUGUAAGUGCAAUAUCAAUCGCUCCUGGUGUCGUCGAUACUGAAAUGCAAUCUGACAUCAGAAGCAAAUUCGGUACUAAUAUGACGAAGAGUAUUGAAAAAUUUAUGGACCUACAUGAAAGCAAAAGAUUGCUUGACCCGAGAGUUCCUGGUAAUGUUUACUGGAAGCUUGCUUUAAAAGGGUGGGAGAGUAAUUUGAAUGGCAAGUACUUAAGAUUCGACGACGAACUGUUGAAAUACUUGUAG